AUGGUGUUGCAUAUCCACGAGAAGUGGGAUAAAAAGGCUGCAGCAGAGGUCGCCGCCGACAAUAAUAAUGAACCUGGCGAUGACGAUGAUGAUAGUACUCCCGGCGUUGUGAAUCGCCUCAACCGCAUCGCGGUCGACGAAGUCCCUAUCGGCCGCGUGCCUGACGAAGUCGAUCCCGAUUUCUACGGCAUCAACACCGACGCCGGCGCCUACGUCUACCGGCCGCUUCAACCCCACGGCGCGCAGGGCGCGAGGAGGCAUUACAAAGGCUUCUACGCGCGGUGCAACAACCCGUCGUACUACGAGGGCUUUGGCCACAGCCUUUGA